AUGAACACUGUGUCGUACAAAACCCACACAACCUCUCGCGGCUUCAUCUACGCGUACUACCGCUCUGCCUCUCAUGGCGAAGGGUCCAAGCCGACCCUCGUGUUUUUGCACGGCUUUCCAUCCACAUCCAAGAGCUGGCGUCACCAGGUUGCUUUCUUCGAAGCUCGAGGAUACGAUGUCAUUGCCCCUGAUAUGCUAGGCUAUGGAGGAACAGACAAGCCGACUGACACGGGAUCAUAUGGGAGCACUGGUUUGGCGAGGGACAUUAUCGAUAUCCUGGACAAAGAGAAGGUCGGCGUAGAAGGGAACAGGGCCAUUGCUGUUGGACACGACUGGGGCUCCCGUGUCGUUUCUCGCAUUGCGAACCUUUACCCGGAGCGCUUCAUUGGCUUCGGGUUCCUCGCCUUAGGAUAUCUCCCACCUGCUCCGACGACGACGUUCGAAGAUUCUACCAGGGAAGUCGAGAAAGAGUUAGGGAGGGAGACCUUCGGAUAUCAGCUUUGGCUUUCGGAGGAAGGAACUGCUGAGAUCAUCAAGAAGAACUUUGAUUCCUUCCUGAGCCUGGUCUUCCCAUUGAAGCCUGAGUUCUGGAUCGACCACAUGGGUCCCAGAGGUACUAUGCAGGAAUGGGUAGAGAGCGGAACGGUGAAGGGAACAGCAGACUACAUCACGAAAGAGGAUCUGAAAUACUCCAAGGAAGCCCUGCUCGUGGGCGGGUUGGAGGCUCCGCUGCUCUGGUACAGGUGGUCCACGUCUGAGUUACACAUGGAGGAGGAUAAAGUCAUCCCGAAGUCGGCUUACACGAUCAACGUUCCCGUCUUCUACGGCGCGGCCCAGAAAGACUUUAUAUGCGUCCCCUCGCUCUACUUACCAGCGCUGCAGAAGUACGCGAAAGGAGGACUGACCAUCAAGGAUUUCCCAGAGUCUGAUCAUUGGUUGCCGAUUAACAAGAGCAGGGAGGAUUUGAACAAUAAGUUGCUGGAGUGGAUCGAAAGCAUCAGAGGCUAA